GGAUACAGGUGUACGCUGUUCGAAGAAACAUGCUGUUUUUGCACUGCUACGCUUUAGUUAAGUCUUAGAAUAAAUAAAUAUAAUUUAUUAGCAAAUAUUAUCCUAUUAUUGUCGGAUGCGGGUUAUGUGCUUUAUUGUCAGGGGAAAGAAACGUUCACCUGGGCUCUUUGGACCCUCCAGGUUACCGUACCGACGUCUAGCAGCGUGACUCUGUGAAGGCGGUACAUUAGUCCUGUUAGAAAAAUCACCACUGUACGUCUACUGAGCUUUUAAUAUCACAACAUAAGCUCGUCUAACAUGAAGACGAUCACUGUAAUCGGCAGUGGGCUGAUCGGCCGCUCCUGGUCUAUGGUGUUUACCAGUGGAGGCUUCAGGGUAAAGAUCUAUGACAACCAACCAGAACAGGCUGCUAAGGCCAUCACAGAGAUCAGGAAACAGAUGGAGGAGCUGGAGGAAGCCCACAUGCUGAGAGGGGAGCUGACAGCGGUGCAGCAGCUUUCCCUUAUCAGCAGUUAUGAUGACCUCGCUCAGGCACUGGAGGGAGCCUUCUUUGUCCAGGAGUGUGUAUUUGAGAACCUGGAGGUCAAACAGAGCGUCUUCCAGGACACAGAGCGUCUUGUGGGGGAGGAUGUCAUCUUGAGCAGCUCUACCUCCUGCCUGGUGCCAAGUGACGUCUUCUCCAAAGUCCAGAACAGGCGUCGAUGCCUCGUCUCCCAUCCGGUUAACCCACCCUACUAUGUCAAACUGGUGGAGCUGGUGCCACACCCAGAGACGACAGCAGCUGUUAUGAAUGCCACCUAUGCACUCAUGACCAAGGUCGGCCAAGCACCCAUCCGCCUCAAGAAAGAGAUCGAUGGCUUUGCCCUCAACAGAGUCCAGGCGGCCAUCACCGCAGAGUCCUGGAGGCUGGUCCAGGACGGCAUCGUCUCCGUCAAGGACAUUGACCUGGUGAUGUCAGAGGGGCUGGGAAUGCGUUACGCUUUUAUCGGUCCCAUGGAAACGAUGCACCUCAAUGCACCUGAAGGUUUAGGAGACUACAUGAACCGUUACGGACGGAGCAUAACGAGGAUGCUGAACUCCUUCGGGCCUGUGCCCGACUUCCUCAGCCAGACAUCCAAGAACAUCAUUAACGAGAUGUGUGAGCUCAUUCCCAGCGACCAGCAGCAUCUGUCAGGCAGGAGGGAGAGGAGGGACCAGCUCCUCCUGGGUCUGGCCAAGCUGAAGAAGGACCACUAGGACCGGGAUCAGGAUCACGGCCUCAGCCUUUGACCCAAAAUGAUAAAAUAUGGAUACAGAUGUGUGAACAAUGAAGGCGACAACAACAUUUUACAUAUAUACUGUACAUGUUGUUGUUACUGAGCCGCUGAACGCCACACAAAGGCCUCCUGUGCAAACGAGACCAGCAAAAACAGCGAUAAUACAAUAAAAUCAUACAUUUGAAUUGA